CUUUGAUCGAUCUUCUUUUUUUCCAAUCUCUUCGGAUCCACAUUGGUCAAAGGUCUCUCUUUGACUUGGAUCAGAUCCAUUUAUUUAUUAUUUUCAAUCGUUCAUCUCGGACUUGGAUCAAUCAUCUAUUUUUUUGAUUUUUUGAUUGUGAUAUUUUAGGUUCUCGAUUGUUGAUCUCGGACUUGGAUUGAUCAUCUGUUUAUCAAUUCUUUGUAUUCAGUUCAUUUCAAAGUUAUAUUUUUGAUUGCGGUACUUUUGAUUUUUGAUUGUUCAUCUCGGACUUGGAUCGAUCAUCCGUCUGUACGUUUUUUCAAUCUUUACUUCGCUUCCUUCAAAGUUAUCGGAUCAAGCUUUCUUCCCUUUUUGUUGGUUCUCACUUGUUCAUUGGACUUGAACUUGAAUCGGUCAUCCAUUUUUUUUGCUUAUCUCCACAACAGAUUCAUCUUUCAUGUUGGAAUAGGAUUGAUCAUUUAUUCAAAUUUCGAUCAUCUUCAAAUUUCAUUUUAAUUGUGGUUGGAUUGAAUUUUCAGUCGGAUCAAUCAUUUCUCAAGGAUUAGUUAUUCUUUUUCAUUUCAGUAGGAUCGAUUAACUCGUCGAGACCACCGAUCAUCAAGAUGCCCAAAACCAAGAUGAAGAAGCGCACCCAAUAUGAAGACAGAUUGUCUCCGCUUCCGGCCAGUUUUGAACCUGCACCCUCUGGAAGAAGUGUACGAAGAAAACACCAACCAUCUGCACAACACGCUGCCCUGGCUCCAAGCACUUCCCAAGCUCAAAAGAACUCUAACCGGUCCAAGAAGACCAACAACAACAAUUCCAACGCUGCGACUUCCUCUGCUGUCCCUUCUACACAUCCUACUAACCAUCCCACUUUUGUCCAGCCACAUGUUCUUACCAAUAGCCAGAAAACUUACUUAAAUCAAGUUGUGGAAUCUCUCAACCUCUCUAGCGAGUCUCACAAGCAAGUCCUGAAGAUAUGCGAGGAUACUCGACCAGAAAAUCAAUUCAUUGGAACGAUCGGGUUCCUCUCUUACAUCCAGCAAACUGUUGAGAGCGGAUUGGCAAAUCGGCCACUUGCUCUCCAGUCUACUGCUGUCAACAGUUGGAAGCCUUCUGAUGUACUAAAGAAGUAUAUCAAAUCGAAAGACACAGAAUUCAUAGCAGCUCAGUACCCUCCUGGGUAUGGAACCCCUGAUGGGUCUGCAGCAACCAAGGCUGUUAACGACUGGGCCAAUCGAUUGGCAACCGACACACGUAGCCGUUUACGUAACACACUGCUUACUAAUGUCAAACCAUCGGGCAAAACAAAACCCACCCACCCCAUGCCCAGUCUUAAGCGUCUUGUCCACCACACAUUUAUCCUUCAAACUGACCCUCGGACAGAAGACCAGCUAUUUGAGCAUGUCUCCAAAGACUUCAAACAUCGACUGGCUUUCUUGCGCUUACAUGCUGUCCACACUUAUCAAAUUCCAAGCACUGAUCACAAGUAUUGUGUCUGGAAUAGUGUUGAUGACACUCUGGAAUUCCUCAAGAUUCAGAAAGCCGAGCAUGGAAAGUUAUACAAGGAGGCGUAA